ACGUCAAAGCGAGUGGGUGUCUUACCUAUUCGUCCUCAGCAUUGUUUUUGUUUUGCUUUGCUUUUCGAAAAAACGGACUAUUAUUUUUUACGUUUCGGUGAAUUAAAUACUGCGUUUAUAGAAAGCGAACACACACACUAAAAAACGAAGAUGGCGAGUGUUUGAUAAACGAAAGAUCAUACAAAAGACUCCUGUAAACAAAACAGAUAGCGUGAUAAAAGGAAACAACUCUAUGGGGGAACUUUUCACAAAGAAAAGCCCGUUUUAGACGUAAUUUCACCCAUUCCUCAGAGAGAGAGAGGAGCCAAGACAGGCCUGGAACGAUGGCUUGGAGGUCGGCUUUGUCAGUUCCAGUUUUCCUGAUCGUGUUUGCGUCUUCUGUCAGUGUGACAAAAAGUGAAGGGCACUGUGUGUGGUAUGGGCAGUGCGGCCAGAAUCCUCUCACCUCGAAAACCGCCAACUGCCCAUAUAAUGGCACUGCGCAGGUGCUGGACCCUUCUGCCCACAUGACCUUGGCAGCAGCAUGUCCAGAACUUGUCAUGGACCUUAUGUCCCGUGACCCUGGCGGCAACAUCAGUACGUGCUGUGAUGCAGAUCAGGUCACUGCCAUCCUGACGCAGAUGGCAGUCGGGAUGGGCCUGCUGAAGCGUUGCCCAACCUGUGUGAGGAACUUCCGGAUGGCCUUCUGCUACCUGACUUGCAGUCCUGACCAGAGUGACUUCAUGAAUGUUAAAGAGGUCAAAAAGGCCACAGAUACAAAUAAAACAGUCAUCUCCUCAUUGGAUGUGCACAUAACAAAUGACUUUAUAAAUGGAGUGUACAGCUCGUGUAAAGACGUAGCGAUGCCCUCCACCAAUGAGAAGGCAAUGUCGCUCAUGUGCGGAGCUUGGGGCUCCUACUACUGCACCGGCCAGAGGUGGUAUGACUUUAUGGGCAGCACCAGUAAUGGUUAUUCGCCCUUCCAGAUUGAUUUUAUCUACAAAGAGGAGUCAGGAUCUGAAUUUAAGCCUUUCAACAAAACAAUUAUUCCGUGCAACCAAGGUGUAACGAAUGACUCCCGGUCAUGCAGUUGUCUCGAUUGUGAAGAGUCUUGUCCAGUGCCACCCCCUCUGCCCCCCCUGCCACAGCCAUUCACUAUUUUUGGGUUGAACGGCAUGGAAGUGGUGAUGACAUUGCUGUUCAUUGUCUUUGCAACAGCCUUCACCGUUGUUUACAUUUGCUUCUCAUGCAGGGCAAGGAGCAUAGAUAUUGCAGUGACUGACCAGAGUGGAGCUGUGGCGGGAGAUGAGCCCAGCUUUUUCGAGAAACUUGGAUCGAGUUUGGAGGAUUAUCUGGAAAGGUUCUUCACAUCAUGGGGCACAGUGUGUGCUGAUCACCCGUGGACUGUGCUCAUUGUAGGUGUACUGAUAUCCAUUGGACUGUCAGUGGGCAUCAUCUAUCUGAAAGUGACAACAAACCCAGUAGAACUAUGGGCUGCCCCAAAUUCUAAGUCUCGUAUUGAAAAGGAUUAUUUUGACAAGAACUUUGAACCUUUCUACAGAACAGAAAUGCUUAUUAUAAGACCAAAAGGAGUUGAUAAGGUUCCACAUCAAACUCCCAAUGGCACAGAGAUGUGGGGGCCAGCUUAUAACCAGACAUUCCUGGCAGAGGUCUUCAAGCUGCAGAACAUCAUAACACAAGAGGUACAUGGGAAAGUAGAUGAUAAAGAUGUGUACCUGGAGGAUAUAUGCUUUACACCGCUCUCACCUGUGAACAAUAACUGCACCAUCCAGAGCGUGGUAAACUACUUCCAGAACAAUGAAGACAACCUGAACCUUACAGGGACCAGCAGCUUCGGACUGCCGUACACCUACAUUGACCAUAUAGACCUCUGCUUCAGAAAUCCUGUGGCAAUGGACACAACUUUAGAUAUUCCCUGCUUGGGUGAGUACGGAGGACCCAUCCUGCCCUUCACUGCUCUCGGGGGCUUUCUCAACGGCUCUCAGAUCCUUGGGGCGAACCCUCCAUACAAAGAUGCUUCAGCACUUGUUAUCUCCCUUGUAGUCAACAAUUUCAAUGACAAGGAGAAGGUGGAGAAAGCCAAAGCAUGGGAGGAAGCUUUUCUCAAGUUCAUAAAGGACUAUGAUAACCCAAUGAUGGACAUCGCAUUUUCAGCCGAGCGAUCCAUUCAGGACGAAUUACAGCGAGAGAGCGAGGGCGAUGUCAUCACCAUCCUCAUAUCUUACUGCAUCAUGUUUGCAUACAUUGCUUUAGCUCUUGGGAGCUACACACGUUGUAGCCGUGUGUUGGUAGACUCCAAGAUUACUCUGGGCUUGGGUGGUGUACUCAUUGUGUUGAUAUCUGUCUCAUCUUCUAUUGGUGUUUAUGGCUAUGCUGGUGUUCCUGCAACGCUUAUUAUUAUCGAAGUUAUACCAUUCUUGGUGUUAGCAGUAGGAGUAGACAACAUGUUUAUUCUCGUUCAAACGUAUCAGCGCGAGUCACGCCGUCCAGCUGAGUCGCGAUCAGAACACAUUGGGCGUGUUGUGGGGCAAGUUGUUCCCACAAUCUUACUCGCCUCCUGCUCAGAAGUAGCUUGCUUCUUCCUGGGGGUGCUCUCAGGGAUGCCUGCUGUUCAUGCAUUUGCUCUGUAUGCUGGACUUGCCCUCACCAUCGAUUUUGUCCUGCAGAUCACAUGUUUUGUGUCUCUCAUGGCACUGGAUGCAAAGAGACAAGAAGAGAAUAGACUGGACAUCUGCUGUUUCAUCAAAGGAUCCAACAAGGAGGGAACGUCACCUGAAGGCCCCAUACAGAAAUUCUUUAAACUCGUCUAUGCUCCCAUGCUUCUGUCCCGCAUUGCUAGACCAGUUGUGGUGGUGGUCUUUGUAGGAUGGCUGUUCUCAAGCAUUGCUGUUCUGCCAAUGAUUGAAAUAGGUCUUGAUCAAGAAUUAUCAAUGCCUGAAGAUUCUUACUUACAAAAAUAUUUUGAAUAUCUAGGGAAGUACUUAAGUGUUGGACCUCCAGUGUACUUCGUCCUCAAGGGAGGUCUCAAUUUUACUAACUUCAGUGAUCAGAACAAAGUCUGUGGGACUGUGGACUGUGACAUGGACAGUUUGGCCAUGCAAGUGUAUUAUGCUGCCCACCGUGCCAAUAGAACUUUCAUCGCCCAGCCAGCCUCCUCAUGGAUAGACGACUAUAUGGACUGGUCCAUUUACAAUCUGGACAGUCCAAGUGGUGAUGUACCAUGCUGCAGAGUAAAGAAAGAUGGAACAUUCUGUCCCUCAAGUGAUUAUGAGUCUGACUGUGAUGACUGCAACAUCAACCUAACAGAUGAUGGACUGCGGCCCGAUCCAGACUCUUUUAUGCAGUAUUUACCAUUUUUCCUGGAGGAUGUACCAGGUGAGACAUGUCCUAAAGGUGGGCAUGCAGCUUAUGGACAAGCUGUGAAAAUUGUAACAACAGACAAAAAUGAGACAGCAGUUGGUGCCAGUUACUUCAUGACAUAUCACACCAUUCUCAAGACAUCCAAAGAUUAUUAUGAGGCUCUAGAAUGGGCCAGAGAUAUCUCAGAAAAUAUCACAAACACCCUGAAUGAGGGUCAGAAGGAGCCAGUGUAUGAAGUUUUCCCUUACAGUGUGUUCUACGUGUUCUAUGAACAAUACCUCACCAUGUGGCAUGAUGUCUUGAAAUCGCUUGGCAUAUCCCUUGUGACGGUGUUCUUGGUCAGCAUUGUCCUCUCAGGUCUGGACAUCGCUUCCUCCUUCGUGGUGAUGGCAACCAUUACCAUGAUUCUCGUCAAUCUAGGCGGACUCAUGUACUGGUGGGGAAUCUCCCUCAAUGCUGUCUCGCUGGUCAACCUGGUCAUGGCUGUUGGUAUCUCAGUCGAAUUCUGCAGCCACAUCACCCAUGCCUUUUCACUGUCUCUCGAGGACACCAGAGUCCUCCGUGCCAAAGAUGCUCUGAUCACAAUGGGAAGCUCGGUGCUCUCAGGUAUCACCUUCACCAAGUUCGGAGGCAUCCUCGUCUUAGCAUUUGCGCACUCCAAGAUCUUCCAGGUUUUCUACUUCAGAAUGUACCUUGGGAUUGUGCUCUUCGGUGCCGCUCACGGCCUUGUCUUCCUGCCGGUCCUGUUGAGCUUCUUUGGUCCAAACCCCAAUAGAUGUCGCAUCCAGAAGCGGCACUGGAAGCACAUUGCAGAGAGCUUCCACGGGUCCAUGUCCAUGUCGGACGAGGUGCCGGAACCAACUUUUAUCAAUGUGGAGUCGGAUAUGGAUACCCACCUUGUCCAGCCAGAAAUUCAUCCUUCCUAUGGUGGCACUAACAACGUCACUGUCUAGCCUCUAAUGCCAUACCUAUGAAAGAUCGGGUCUUUAAAAAAAAAAAAAAAAAUGGAUUAGUAAUACUCCCAUCUUUUUUCUGUUAUAUGUGAAAGGAUCUGAGCUUAUAGUUUGUUAGAUAUUUAUUGACUUUUCUUUUUUCUUCUCCUAUUCAUUUCUCUCUUUUUUUCUUUUUUAGAUUUAUUUAUCAUUUUCAAUUUUUUAAAGACUUCUUUAGACCUCAGGUGAGAUCCCUCUUAUGCUAGAGCAGCAUGGAAUAGAAAUCUGUAUGUUAAACCAACUUCUCGCAGAUAUGUUGUGGUGAUUUGUUAGAGUUAUCAAAAUGCGUUUGUACUUGUGUCCUGUAUUUAAUUUUUUUUUCUAUAUGUGUUCUCACAAACUUAGAAAACACAUUUGUUGCAUAUGAUUCCAGGAAUUCGUGUUGAAACUUUUCUUUUAAUCCCCUUCCCCCUUGUAUAUAAAGGAUUAAGAAAAAGAGGUAUCUGUGGACUCGAAUAUAUGUAUUGUAUUUUCCUGUGCAGGGAAGUGAACAUUUAAUUUUAAAAAUAUGAACAAAAUGUCAGGUAGAGAGUUUUAUUUUUCUCUUUGAAAUAAUGUAAUCAAGCACAGUAUUUACAUCUGUAUAAAGCCAAAGAUGGAACAUCAAACACAAUCCACUGUCACUUUGUCCUACAUCUGUUUACAUUGGACUGAAGUAGCUCAUUUUAUAUACCUAUUUAUAUAUACAUAUUUUGUCUUUUUUAAAUUUUUUUUUUUGGAAAGUUAACAAAACAUAUUCAGAAGCUCAUAGUUUUCUUUCUUUCUUUCUUUAUAGAAAAACAAAGGAUAACUUUUCACAAAAAACAUGAAAUUGGUGUGAUGUUAGACGACUGUCUGUAACCUCAGCAGGCGGCUAUAAAUAUUUUUGAUUAUUGAUUUUUGUGGUUUCGUAGCCAGAAGCUCUACUUGACUGUACAUUUCAGUUUCCCUUUUUGUUUUGUGAUAACCUGAUGUAUGUUUUACAGGGAAACAGCUCCUUCUGGAGUGUAGUGACAUAUUUGUUAUCUUUCCAUUUUUAUUUUUAUUAUUUUUUUAAGUGGUAUAUAAGAUUUUGAGUACUUUAAAAGAUACUACAAUGCUUUUGGAAUCUGCUGGCCUGUACUGUUUUAUUUAAUAACUUAAGAAUCCCAGGUUCUUUGGUUGUGAUUCAUGUAAACCUUAAAUAAUAUUCAUCAUUUUAUUAGUGUUUGUAUAUAUAAUAUACUGAAGCCUUCUUGUACUUCUUUUUAUUUCUAACUUCUCUUAAUUUUCAUACAAAGUCAGAAAGCUUAAUUAAGGAGCCCAGGGUUUUGAUUAUAAGUAAAUGGAGGAGGCAAAAAAUACAAUAAAGUCAAAAAGAUGAACUGAUAUCUACUAUGGCUCAAGUUGAUAGAUGCAAGUUGAAUUUGGUUGAUAUAUGUAGAUUGUGAUUUUUUUUUCCUAAACUUUAUAUCUCCUGUUUUAUUUUUUAACUCCUCUCUUGGCUUUUUGAUAUAACAGUUAUAUACAAAGAGAUUUAUAUGACAUGGGUAAUCAACAGUUUUGAUAAUCACUGUUGGAUAUUAUGAUUGAAUGAGAAAGACACUGUAUAGGAUUUUUUUACAAUUUAAUCAGAUUUUUGUAUGCAUAUCAGGUGUUUAGGUGAGGUUGCAACUUAAAAUGAAAGUACAGCUUUCAUGAUUCAUACUCUGAUCGAAAUAUGCCUGAAGUUCAUUUAUAGAACUGAACUUGGCAGACACUUUUUACAUAGAAGAGUUCAGAAUGGAAAUGAAUAAUUCCAUAUUGCACAUUGGUAUUCCAUCUGCAUCAGAUUUUAACACCGAAAUUUGAAUCAUGUAUCUGCAUUAUGGUAUUAUUAAUUCUCAUUCAUACUCCUAAUUGUUUGUUACAAAGAGCAUUUUUUUUAUUCAGAAUGUUUCAACAUUUAUUUUUGUUGUUGAAGAAGAAAGAGAAACACUAAAACCAUUUGCAAUACAGACGGGUUAGUUGAAAAUGUUAUUUGAUGAGAAAAUAACAAUCUCUAUUAGGUCUCAUUACAUCCAAAUAUAAAUGUGUGUGAAUUGUGUAAGUUGUUUAUGUGUAUGUGUGCAUGUUUAAGAUCAUCCCAAGUAGUAUAUUGUUGGUUAUAUUUAAUAAAAACUAUUUUCAUAUAUUGUAGAUAGUUUUAUGUAAGAUUAUUUGACAAUGCUUGACAGUGAUAUGUUAUGCAAUAGUGAAACAAUUAAUCAUUCAUUUCACACAAAAGAAAGAUGGCUACAUUUUCUCUUAAUUUUUCGUGUGUGUGAAAUGCACGAUUACCGACCUAUAAACCAAAAAAGGAUGGCAUGUAUUUUCUAGAUUGUUGAAUAAAAUGGAAGAAUUUACA